AUGUUCUAUUUUGUCGGUUUUGCCCGUAUGUACCGUGUUGUCGUUUUUUGCCGUAUGUACCAUUCUGUCUUUUUCGUCCGCAAAAAAUUUUACGAUUACCAUUUUCUUUCGUAUGAUAUUGAUGUUGUCUUACACGCGGCAGCCUAUGUCAAUUUAAUUUAUCCUUAUCAGGCUCUACAUGGAUGUAAUGUAGUUGGGACAAGAAAUAUAAUUGAAUUUUGUUUUAAAAAUAAAAUUAAACCUUUGCAUUAUAUCAGUACGGAUGCAGUCUUUCCUUGUGGAUUAAUUGAUGUAGAUGAAGACACCCCUCCAACUGAUACUUUUGAAAAGCUUGGUGAUGGAUAUGGUCAAACUAAAUAUGUUGCUGAACAAUUAGUUCUAAGGUUUUUUUUGUAA